CAACCAUUAAAGUCAAUCCAAUAUAGAUUUGAAAUUAUAGAAUAAGUACGCAAGAUCAAUAAUUACCUAAUAGAAUUAUCAAAAUAGCGAAAAUAAAUUUACCUUAGCCUUUUAUGCCGUACUCAAAACAUGGAUACGAUGAGUUUAAAAGAAAUACAAAGCAAGUUAUUGUUGUGGGAAUCGUCUGAAAAUCCACUUGCGCCACUCAACUCGGACCAGAGGGAAGCGAUUUUGGAUCUUGAAUCUUUGAUUUUAGGAGUUAAUGAUGAGGGUGGAGAAAAUGGACCAAUAGAAAAAGAGACUGUUGACCAAAAAUCUAUACCAUCUGUAGAUACAACAUAUGACUUUUUGGAAUGGUAUGAGCGACUCUGUGACGAUAAUAUGAAGACUGAAGAUGUCCCUUACCAAUGCUAUUAUAAACAAUUAGAAGAUAGAAGAAAUGAAUGUAUUUCUUUAAACGAACAGAUCAACGAGGCGAUGUCGGAUCUGCAUAAACUAACAGAGCAAUACAAUUUUGUUUCAAAUAAAACAAAUGCUCUACACAACAUGAGUGAGCAGCUACUGGCUGAUCAAAAUAAACUAUCUGGUAUAGGAGACGAUAUAAAAAAAAGGCUUCAUUAUUUCACGCAAGUGGAGCAUUUGUCGCAACGCCUCAACAGCCCAACUAUGUCGGUCAAUAGUGACGCAUUCUUUAAUGUACUGGCAAAGAUCGACGAGUGCUUGGAUUAUAUGAGAGAGAACAGCAACUACAAAGAGUCCCACACGUAUCUAGUGAAGUAUCGUCAUCUGCAAAAUCGUGCGAUUUCCGUGAUACGUUCGUACGUGAACCACGUGUUGGACCACGCGACGGAGCAGGUGCUGGGGCCGCAGGAGGACGCCGGCUCCGAGGAGGAAGAAUACGUGGACACAGCUUACGCGGUCUUCUUCGGGAAGUUUCAAGCUGCCGCCCCGAAGUUAAGGAAAGUCAUAGGGGAAAUCGAACAGCGAGCCGAAACGAAUUCUGACUACGCGUCGCUGCUGUCGGACAUGGAGCGCGAGUACGCGUCGCGGCGGCGGCGGGUGGCGGGCGGCGCGGUGGGGGGCGCGGUGGGCGGCGCGGCGCGGCGGCUGGCGCGGGACAGCUGCGCCCUGCUGCGCGCGUGCUGCUCGCUGCUCGCGCACGCCUGCCGCGACGAGUGCGCGCUCUACCAUCACUUCUUCACGCAGUCCUCACAGGCUCUCGAAGAAUACCUGCAGUCCCUCUGCAACGGCUUAUACGAAACUCUACGGCCGCACAUCAUCCACAUCAACCAUUUGGAAACGCUUGCCGAAUUGUGUGUCAUACUGCGGAUCGAAGUUAUCGAGGAACAAGUCAACAACGACCCGGUGAGUCUGCGCGCGCUGGGCAUGUGCGCGGGCGCGCUGCUGCAGGACGCGGCGGAGCGGCUGGUGUUCCGCGCGCACGUGCACCUCCGCGCUGACGUGCUGCUGUACCGCCCCGCGCCCGGCGACCUCGCCUACCCCAACAAGCUGCUCAUGAUGGAGCAAAUCGCGCUCUCCAUUCAAGAGCAGAGCCUGAAGCGGAGCGACUCGCGCAACUCCAUGGUGUCUGACGUGUCGGCCACGUCGCAAGAGGUCGCCAACAUCAACGUUGAGGCGCAGCGCCGACCUCACGCGUCCCCGGCCGACCUGCACGGCAUGUGGUACCCCACCGUCCGGAGAACCCUGGCCGCCUUGUCGCGCCUGUACAGGUGCUUGGAGAAGAGAGUCUUCCAGGGUCUCGCUCAAGAAGCCAUCUCGCUGUGCGUCCAGAGCGUGGAUACCGCGGCCAGACUAAUAACGGCAAACGCGACCAGCGUCGACGGCGAACUGUUUCAAAUAAAACACUUGCUGAUCUUGAGGGAGCAGAUCGCGCCGUUUCAAGUCGACUUCGUGAUCAAAGAGACGACCUUGGACUUUAGUAACGUCAAAAACGCAGCCUACGGCCUCAUACAGAAGCCAAGGCAGAUAUUCUCGCUCAGCUCUAACAACGCGCUGCUGGAGUUCCUCCUGGAGGGGACGCCGAUGGUCCGGGAACAUCUGCUAGACUCGAGGAAGGAGGUGGACAGACAGCUGAAGAGCUGCUGUGAAACGUUCAUCAAGAACGCGACGGAGCUGCUGGCCGGGCCCAUGGCCGUCUUCACUGAAAAGGCUCAAACCUUCACACCGAUAGACCAGUUAAAGUCUGAGCCCUGGGCGACGCCUGAACAACUAGCGGUUGUCGUUAAAGAAGUACAAAAGCGUAUAAAAGCUCACCUCGCUCCGUUGCAGCGCUCGAUGCAGCUGUACUUAGCCAAUAAGGAAACUGAAUUUAUCUUGUUCAAGCCGAUUAGGAAUAACGUUGUCGGCUACUUCGUCCAAAUAGAACAACUUCUGGUGAACGCUGGCUACUCGUACGAGGAUACUCUGAUUGUCGCGUGUCCCACUCCUGAGCAAAUAUCAGUUUUUAUAUCUUCUGCUAGCCUUAUAAGCCACAGUGAGCCAGUGUUGCCAUACGGCACUAAGGCGAAGCCAAGUGUGGUCCGUAAACCGAGUGUUACCAGCGUACCGGAGAAACUAGAAGAAAAGGCGACGGCGGAGACGGUUUAACACUUAUGUCGCUUAAUCAUAUUAUUUUUUGUAAUAAAUGAUACGGACCCGAGGGUCGUCGUUUUCCUCCUACGAUAUAAAUAGUUAGUUAUGCUUCAUAACAUUUAAUAUAUCUUUAAUUGUUUUUUUUUUGAAGAAGUUGUUCGAUGCCAGAAAAUUCUUUAAGAAGCAUGCUCGCUUCUAAAUACUUUAUUAUGUUUUAUAUUUGUGAGAUAUAUUGUUAUGUUUAAAUAAUACAACAAAUAAAAAAAAAUGUUUUUUUUUU